AUGCCGCCAAUGUUCUGGAUCAUCAUUGAUGCUGAUGAUUCCUUGUCAGCUGCCACGAAACUCUCUGUCCCAAAAGCAGUCAAGGAUGUGUCGUUGGGACACAUACAUAAAAGGAAGUUGGAGAAGACAGAAUUACCGACGAAGGAGUCAAGCUACCUGCUGUUAUCGCAGGCUGGUGCAAUAACACCAUUUCACCAGGAUUUCUCCGGUACAUCUGUGAUGUACACUUUAGUGAAAGGCUGCAAAACAUUUUAUUUGAUGGCCCCGUCGGUCAACAACAAGCAGAUAUUCCAGGAACAUCUGAUGCAGCAAUCUCUGGGUUGGAAACCGAUGUUUCCCGGGGAUGACCUUCGCUGUGAUGCUGGAGGAUGUCAGAAAGUUGUUCUGACGGAGCGCCAGGCCCUCGUUAUCCCAGCUGGCAUGAUACACAUGGUUGAAACGCAUUCAGACUCAGUGACUCUGGGAGUCAAUUUCAUCCAUCGUGGACACCUGCUGACGGCUGCCAGAGCUUUUCGACCUGAGCGGAAAGACAAAGAGCACUUCAGCAGCUGCUACCCUGCUUUUCCGAUGUUGGCUCUGAAUGAGCUUAUGGUGCAUCUGUGUUCCUCUGACACGGACGAGGAGGAUGACGAUGAGGAUGACGAUGAGGAGGCAGGAGACCAGAUAGAGGUCGAGACAGAGGUGCCCUACCGUGACUCGGACUCGGUGUCGGAACCGGAGCAGCUGAGGAGUGUCUCCGUCUGUGAACUGCUCUCGGGCAGUGACGAGGAGGAGAGCACUGCCUUGGCCGCUCUUGCGUUCUCCUACGUGCGGAUCGCGGUCGCGGGCACGCUGUGGCCUGGGAUGGCCGAAUCGUCGACGACUCAUCCAGUGAUGACGACACUCGGCCCUAUAAUUGGGCAAGCGGGCGGGGGCGCAGUCGCGGACGAGCAGCGCCUUCAGUCCCCGGGACUGCAAACUUGCCAGGCCGGGCUCGAGGCCGAGGACGCGGCAGAACCGCUGGGUCAUCCCAGCGUGGGGUGGGACCCUCGUCCUAAAGAAUACAAACACGUCAAACGAUUCGAGUACAAAGUUGUCGAAAGAGAAAAUAAAUUCAAUACGAGAGGUAAACGCAAACUUCAUCUGGAGAAAAUUUCAACAAACACACCAGACUACGAAUACCAUAGUGAGCCAUUAGGACAACAAAGACGCUUUGUCGAAGGUGGAGUUUUCGAGGGAAAGUAUUCAGAAACAGCCAAAACAGCCGAGGAGACAAAUAUUUCAAUAAAAAAACCAGACUAUGAUUACCAUAGUGAGCCAUUGAGACAACACAAACGCUUUGUCGAAAGUGGAAAACUCGAGGAAAAGGGUUCGGUGCUGGAGACAAUGAUGACCAACAGACUGAAAGAGUGGUCUCCGCAGAACAAUAUUGUUCCGGAAGAGCAUUCCGUGAUCCAGUCUUGA